AUGUCAUCUCAAAAUUUUUUGAAAUUUGGUGUGGAGUUUGAGGGGAGUGGUCAGCUCUUCACCUUUGAGUGUCCAGCUGUGUACGAUGAUAUUAUUUACAAGGUUUCGCAGCAGUUUGGUAUACCUCAAUCCGAAACCUCCAAUUACUGUUUCCGUAAAACAGAACACUCGGGUAUAAUUGAAUAUUAUACGACUGAAGAGAACUGUCGUAUUAGGACUGGAGAUGUUGUUCAACUAGUUGAAAUUCCAAGUAGAGCAGUGGAGAAGUUUAUUUCAAAUUUGAAUCAAGCAUUGGAUUGUUUAAUUGAUAAUAGGAAUACUACUACUAAUACAUUUGUUAAUAGUAAUUGUAACCCAUUACAUCAUUUGUAUGGACCAUUUAAGCAAUUACUGAUGGAAUUAGCCAUUGUUUUGCAAUGUAAACAAUUUAACAGAGAUUUUGUUAAAUGUGAAGGUCAUCGUAAACUCUUCCAACUUGUUGAAUGCAUUGAUAAACUGGAUAAAAAGUUUCAUGAUGAAAUUUGGUCAUAUCUCUUAUCCUGUCUAAUUGAAUUAUCCAAUUAUGCUAUAACUAAUCGAUUUACUAUUAGUAAUAAUGCUCUGAAUAACGAUAAUAAUAAUAAUAAUAAUAAUAUAAAGUUAUAUCCUCAUGAAGUUUGUUUUACACAAGAAAACAAUGAUUCUAAAAAGUAUUUAUCUGAAGAAAUGUUAAUUCAACAAGAUGAAAAUAUUAACCAAAUCCAGUACUCAUCAACAAUUCUACCAAUGAAGAAUGUUUAUGGAAUAGAAGAGUUUUUCAGUUGGCAAUUAGUAUCAGAUGAAUUUCUAUCUGUGAUAAUUGAACAUUGUAGGAAAGAAACUAAUUUAGAGUGUCUGCUAAAUGAAAUGAAGUUAUUAUUAAAAAUAAUUACAGACUAUCCUGUACAUAUUCAAUAUGUUACUAAACAAACGGAACAAGGAUUUGUAUUGGAUUUAUUAAAAAUAAUUCAAUCAAACAUUGUUGGUUAUAAAUCUACUGUGAAUUAUAAUUCAAUCCGUUUGGAAACAUUACGAUGUGAAAUACAAAAUCUUAUUAUGCAAUUUUUAUAUGUUAUAUUUUAUUAUGGGAAACAACAAGGUCAUUUGAUAUACUUAAUACAUCAGUUUUUUGAAAAUAUACAAUUUACUGAAUGGAUUCCAGAAUUACGCGAUCGUUCACUUUGGGAAUUAAUAAUCAAUUCAUAUUAUCGAAAGAAAUAUCAUUUUGAUUAUUCAAUGAUGGAAACAUUUAGCUCAUGUUUACCAUCAUCUGAUGAUAAUUCUGAAAAUACUGUGGUGUUAAAUUUUUUAAAAGAUUUUUCAAAUUUUCUUGAAAAUGAUGCAUUAUGUAAAACAGAAUGCUUCCAGAGUAAUAAUGACAAUAAUAAUAUGAAUAUUUACAGUCCCAGUAUUGAUAAUGUUGAACAAGAACCACAUCAACGUAUAUUAUCACACCGAUUGAGUAAUAAUAGCAGUACUACUAAUACUACUAAUAAUGGUUAUAACAUUAAACAAUCCAGUAUCCAAUUACUAAUUUCAGUAUGUCGAGUACAACAACUAAUUAAUAGUUUAUUAUUGACCAGAAUGAAAACGCCAUUGGCUCGUACAUCCGAAGAAACCGUUGAAAAAAUGAAACAACUAUGUUCAGCAGUGUAUUUUGAUAAGCAUACAAUUAAUCCAACUGAGCAAUGUAUUGAAGAAGCGUGUAUUAAACUAGGUUUCAAGAUACCAACUGAUCCAUAUGCUGAUUUUGAAAAACCACCAGGUACACUUGGAUUUCAAUGUAUUUAUAAUUAUAUAAUGAAAAAUAGAAAUAAAGUUAUUGAUAUGCUUAAUUAUGCUUACCCAUGUCAAAAAAAUUCCUAUCUAACCAAUAACACCACUAAUAAUCAUUGUAAAUUGUAUCAUUUAUCAGAACUCAAUGUAUUAUCUUCUUUGAAUGUGAAUAACAAUAAUGAUAAUAAUAAUGUGAAUGAAAUUAGUAGUAAGUUGUCACAACAACGUGUUCAACGUCAUUUUUCCACUGUUGAUUCAAAUUCUAUUCAAAAUAUAUUACAUACUACUCAUUUACAUGAUGAUAGUAUACAAAAUCAACGUAAUAAUUUUAUCGGACGACGAUUUACACUGGAUUCAUUAAUAGCAACAUCUAAUUUAUCACAAUCAUUUAAACCAAUGAAAGAGUAUUAUAGUCAUAAUAGUUUUUCAUGUAAUUAUUCCAUUUCAUCAUCUUCUUCGACAAUUUCAUCAUUGAUUGAUAAGAAGCCAUUAUUUCCAAUUAUUGAAGCUGCUAAUGCUGUGACAAGUAUGCUGUGUGAAUUGCUUACAACUAAUGAUACAAGUCAUGAACCAAAUAUUAUCAUAGAACAAGAUGAUAAGGAUUUUUAUCUUUCAUCGCCGUUAUAUCCAAUUUUACUUAACAAAUCAAAUAAUAAUACUAAUCAUUAUCAAAGUAAUCUAUCAUCAUUUGAAGAUAUAUUCGAUUGUGUUUUUUCAAAAUUUUUCUCUUCCUGGACUCAAAUGAAAGCUGUUCCAGAAGAUUUGAUUGCAAUUUUAUGCGUGGUACGAGAGCAGAUAAAUCGUAUUUUGAAAACCAUUCCUAUUUCACUUGAAGAAUUUGAAAAUUCUCUGAUAAAAUUUAAUCCAUAUGAUGUACCAUCUAUGUGGUCGAAACGGGAGAAUCGUCUACGUGUAGAUAUGUUACAUAAUCACCCGGCAUUAAUAGAAUUACGUAACGAUGUAAGGAAACGUCAUCAAGGACAUGUAUAUGAGAAUCGUUUAAAUAUUUUGUCGAAUUCAGCACCUUUAGAAUAUAUCCCAUCAAAAGGAUCGAAAUUAUGUAGUAAAGACAAUCAAUCAUUCACUGUACUCUUGUCACCUGAUCGCAAGUCGCUUCUUAUAAGAGACACAAACCAGAACAUAAGAGAAAUAUGGCAACUAAACUGUAUUAGUCGAGUAUCUUUGGGUAUAACUGAGAAAGUGAAAAAAAAUCCGGAACGUACAUUACUCUUUCAAGUGGAAUUAUCCGAUAUUCCAAAUCAAGAUGAUCCCAAUGAAUCGACAAGUAAUAAAUCACGUUGUUUUCGAGUUAUUUUACUAGCCAGAUCAAUAAUUGAAUAUAAUUAUUGGUUAGAUGGAUUAUUUUUAUUAAAUAAAUUAAAUAAUCCAAGUGAUUAUUACAAUGAAGAUGUGGAGCGUUUAACUGAACUAGACAUGUGUAUACGUCUUUCAAGUUUAGAUUUAAAUCAGUUGCCAAAAAGAGAAAUCUCCAUGCCUACAGAUCCACCACCACCUUUGGAUUUUAUUUAAUUUUAUUAUCCUCUUUUUUUUUCUUCUUUCAAUAUUCUUUGUGUAAUUAUCCACCUUGAUUUUAAAUAAUUUUGGAUUGAUAGAUUAUAUUGUUCAUAUAUUUCAUUGUUUGAACAUUUAAUAAAUGAAGGUACAUGUAAAUUGAUUAUUUACCACCCAAUCAUUAAUAACUGUGUACGAAAUUUAUCUCACUUUAUUUUCAGCUUAUUUUAAGUAGAAACAAAUUGAAUUAUCUCAUUAUAAUUUCUAUUAUAAUUUCUUAAUUAUGUAUAGUGGAAGCUUAAUUAUUCAAGUUUUAAUUCAUAUUGUUUGUUUAAGUUUUCUAGAGACCUGAAAAGAAUCUUUCUGUCUAUUCACUUUAUUAUAAUUCUUUCAGGUUAUUACUAACAGUAUUUUAAUCGAUAUUAUUUCUGAUAUUCAUAUACGUUUUGCUUACGAAUCAUCAGUAAUCUUGAAGUAGAUUACUGAAAUCUUGUAAUUUUCAAUAAUAUGAUCAUCAUCAUCAUCAACGUCACCCUGUUUGUACUCUGCAUAAUAUCAUGACUAAUCGCCCUUUUUCUGUUAGAUCUUUAGAUCAUUAUCAUCAAUUGGUAUUUACCUUCUAUCUAUAUAUAACAUCUUGGAUUGAUUCUUAUCAAUAAGUGAUAAUUAAUAAGCAAGAUGCAGAAACAAUCGUUCUGCUAUUAUUUUCCCCUUAUUUUUUCUGUUUGUACACACAAAACGAAAUGUACAGACAAUGAAAUAAACUUAGCCACAAUUGAUUGUUUUACCUCAAAAACAAUAACUAUUCUUUGUGUGAAAUCAAAUAUUGUUAUUUUUCUCGAUUAAAAUAAGUCGACUGCUUAGAUUAACUCUGUAAUAAAUUAUCUCGAGUGGUAAAUUGAAU